AUGGCAGCAACCAGGGCUCUGCCUCCUGGUUUUGGGGAACUCGAGCUGCUGGCUGUAGGAACAGUCCUGCUGAUGGAAGCGCUCUCUGGCCUCAGCCUCAAUGGCCUGACCAUCUUCUCUUUCUGCAAGACUCCGGACCUGAGGACUCCCAGCAACCUGCUCAUACUGAGCCUGGCCCUGGCAGACACUGGGGUCAGCCUGAAUGCUCUUGUUGCAGCUGUGUCCAGCCUCCUUCGGAAGGGUCAUCUGCACAUUGUUUCCCGCAGGCGCUGGCCACAUGGUUCAGAGGGCUGCCAGGUUCAUGGUUUCCAGGGAUUUGCAACAGCACUGGCCAGCAUCUGUGGCAGUGCAGCCAUUGCCUGGGGACGCUAUCACCACUACUGCACCCGUACACAGUUGGCAUGGGACACGGCCAUCACUCUGGUGCUGUUUGUGUGGCUAUCAUCGGCCUUCUGGGCAUCCCUGCCCCUGAUGGGCUGGGGCCACUAUGACUAUGAGCCUGUGGGGACAUGCUGUACACUGGACUACUCGAGGGGUGACAGAAACUUUGUCAGUUUUCUCUUCACCAUGGCUUUUUUCAACUUCCUUGUACCCCUGUUCAUCACACACACGUCAUACCGGUUCAUGGAGCAGAAAUUCUCCAGGGGUGGUCGUCUCCAGGUGAAUACUACUCUUCCAGGCAGGAUGUUGCUGCUUGGCUGGGGUCCCUAUGCCCUCCUGUAUCUAUAUGCAGCCGUCGCAGAUGUGAGCCUCAUCUCUCCUAAACUACAGAUGGUGCCUGCCCUUAUUGCCAAAACUAUGCCCACAAUCAACGCCAUCAACUAUGCGCUGCACAGCGAGAUGGUCUGUAGAGGAUCCUGGCAGUGUCUGUCUCCACAAAAAAGCAAGAAGGACCGAACCAAGUGA